AUGCCAACAUGUCAUCUUCCAAAGGGGAUCGCUCUCUUCUACGUUGGUUUCUACAUCCGGUUUGACCUGCCCAUCACUGGCGAGCCUGUUCAUGGCCCUGGCUAUAUCGCUCUGCUGGCCAUCUACAUCUUUGCUACAACGCACCACAUGUUUGUUACGCUUGGCAAGAGCGUGUUUGGAGCCUACUUCGGGUACGGCAGCUUUUGCUUCGUCAUGGUGGUAAUUGCAUGUUUCUUCGUCCCAGAGACCGCCGGCCGAGCCUAG